AGACGCCUGACCUCAGCCCCCGGCUUUCACCGUACCUCUUCUUCCUGCCGCUCUUCGGCCUUUCGCCCUUCCGCCACCUGCGCGUCCUCACUCAACGUCCCCGGGUUACCCUGGAGCCCUGUCCGUCAUGCGGCUUCUGCCUCUGGCCCCAGGUGGGCCCCGGCGGCACAGCCCCCGCCACCUGCCCGCCUGCAGCCUAGCGCUGCUGCUGCUGCUGGGCUGCUGCCUGGGGGUGUCCCGGGUGGCGGCGGGCUCUCGGAGGCCCAACGUGGUGCUGCUCCUCACCGACGACCAGGACGAGGUGCUCGGCGGCAUGACACCACUAAAGAAAACCAAGGCUCUCAUCGGAGAGAUGGGGAUGACUUUCUCCAGUGCUUAUGUGCCAAGUGCUCUUUGCUGCCCGAGCCGUGCCAGUAUCCUGACAGGGAAGUACCCACAUAAUCAUCACGUUGUUAACAACACUUUAGAGGGAAACUGCAGUAGUAAGUCUUGGCAGAAGAUCCAAGAACCACAUACUUUCCCAGCAAUUCUCAGUUCAGUGUGUGGUUAUCAAACCUUUUUUGCGGGGAAGUACUUAAAUGAGUACGGAGCCCCAGAUGCCGGUGGGUUAGAACACGUUCCUGUGGGAUGGAGUUACUGGUAUGCCUUGGAAAAGAAUUCUAAGUACUAUAAUUACACCCUGUCUAUCAAUGGCAAGGCACGGAAGCAUGGUGAAAACUACAGUGUGGACUACCUGACAGAUGUUUUGGCUAAUGUCUCCUUGGACUUCCUGGACUACAAGUCCAACUAUGAACCGUUCUUCAUGAUGAUCUCCACUCCAGCACCUCACUCACCUUGGACAGCUGCACCUCAGUACCAGAAGCUCUUCCAGAACGUCUUCGCACCAAGGAACAAGAACUUCAACAUCCAUGGAACGAACAAGCACUGGUUAAUUAGGCAAGCCAAGACCCCAAUGACUAAUUCUUCGAUACAGUUUUUAGAUAAUGCAUUUAGGAAAAGGUGGCAAACUCUACUCUCAGUUGAUGACCUUGUGGAGAAACUGGUCAAGAGAUUGGAGUUCAUUGGGGAGCUCAACAACACUUAUAUCUUUUAUACCUCUGACAAUGGCUAUCACACAGGACAGUUUUCUUUGCCGAUAGACAAAAGGCAGCUGUAUGAGUUUGAUAUCAAAGUUCCACUGUUGGUUCGAGGGCCUGGGAUCAAACCAAAUCAGACAAGCAAGAUGCUCGUUGCCAACAUUGACUUGGGCCCUACUAUUUUGGACAUCGCUGGCUACAACCUAAAUAAGACACAGAUGGAUGGGAUGUCUUUAUUGCCCAUUUUGAGAGGUGCCAGUAAUGUGACUUGGCGAUCAGAUGUCCUGGUGGAAUAUCAAGGAGAAGGUCGUAAUGUCACCGACCCAACAUGUCCUUCCCUGAGCCCUGGAGUGUCUCAAUGUUUCCCAGACUGUGUGUGUGAAGAUGCUUAUAACAACACGUAUGCCUGUGUGAGGACCAUGUCAGCCCUGUGGAAUCUACAGUACUGCGAGUUUGAUGACCAGGAGGUGUUUGUAGAAGUCUAUAACCUGACUGCAGACCCACACCAAAUCACCAACAUUGCUAAAAGUAUAGACCCGGAGCUUUUAGGAAAGAUGAACUAUCGGCUGAUGAUGUUACAGUCCUGUUCUGGACCAACUUGUCGCACUCCGGGGGUUUUUGACCCCGGAUACAGGUUUGACCCUCGUCUCAUGUUCAACAAUUAUGGUGGUGGCAGGACUCGAAGGUUUUCAAAACAUCUCCUGUAGUGAGCUCUGCAGCUGAGCCCCUGCACGCCUCUUUCUGAUGAAGUGACUGUAGUAGGCAUCUGUAGCUAGUCUUCAAGACCACACCUGGAGAGUUUCUGGACUGGCUUUGUUGUAAGUCCUGUUUUAAAAAGCAAUCCAAUCUGCCGGCCACCUAGUGCAAUGUGUUAAACUGUGAACUCGGCCCGUACGUCAGGAGUGGCUGUCCCUGGUCCCUCCAUUCAGCUGGUACGACUGCUCCUGAGGUCUUUGUCCUCACCAUGCCCUUUCUGUCCUGGGGCUCCAAUUCUUGAUGGCUCCCCAGAUGUCCAAGCCUGAAAGUCUGUUCAGAUAAAUGCCAGUGUCUUUGGUAUACAGCUUGACCUAAAAUCAAAGGACCUGCAUAGCAUUUCAGAUUGAGCACUUCACUAAAUACUAACGUCACAUGGCUUGAAGAAUAACUAUCAGAACUAAAUCAUCGGAUUAAGAAGAAGUACCAUUGUUUUCACAGUAGCAGAAAUAUACUGUUUAUAAUAGCUAUCCAGUCACAAUGUGAUGUCACAAAUUUAAAACAUGUCAACCAAGCUCUGUUCAUUUUUUGGUUUCUAGGCUGGUACUGCACUGAAAUGGAACAGGAAGCUUUAGGUAAAGGCUCAUUCCAGGUAGUUGUUGAAGGCGAUGGCUGCUAACCACAUGGCGCACCAGGGGUAUUGAGGGAAUGUCUCUGCUCUCAACAGAGGGCAAGAACUUCAAGGGUUGGGGAAGGUCGUGUUUUCUGAGGGUCUUCUGUAGAGAGGGCACUCAAGUUGAGAUGUAGUAAGUGCCUGUCCAGCAGGGAAUCUGGGUUUCAGUCCCUCGUGUGAAGUUGUUUUGACUCAUUGCAUUUUGCUGACAUUCUGUUCAUUCAUUAAGAUACAAAAAUUUCUUACAGUUGAUGCAAAGUAUCAGCCACUUUGCCCUACCAUCUUCCCUUUCAGAUUAGUUCUUCCUGACUCUCUGGAGUCUCGUGUAAUUUGGGCCCCAUAUUCACUAUUCUCAUCACCUUGUUGAGGUUUCCCCACUAUUUAGAGCACCUGUGUUUUUGUUUCCUGGCUCGGAGACCAGUCCUGUUUCCACAAGAAGGUUAACCCGGUGGUGGGAGGGCAGGAGGAAGAGCUGUGGUUUGUAACCGCUCAACUCAGGCAGUAGUGAUUUUCACUUGACCUAGGGUUGAGCUUGAAAGCACUUUGUAAGACAUGGUCAGUUAAUAGCCAUUGGGUUUAUUCCUUUUCCUCAUGCAGUCCUGUUACUGGGUGGUAUUUAGAGGUGAAAUAGGCAAAUGAAAUGACCACCUCUGCUGUGAAUGUUUUAGGGAAAGAAAAUUUGUAACUAAAAGCAAACUACAAUGUUGAAUAUGGGUUUUGCUUUAUUCUACACUUUUGAUUCUUAACAUUACUCAGUCAAUUUCCACAUUAAUGAAAGUUGACCAUAGUUAUUCCCGAAUAAAAAGAAACCAACUCUCACCAGGGCUUGUACUGUGAUGUCAUAUUAUUCAACUAAUUCAUUUUAUGAUGCUGGUUCCUGAAAGCAGGUAAAGUCAGCAGGUGAUACACACGUCAGCAGGCUUCUGUGUGGGUGAUGGGGAUGCAGUUCCCAUCUGUCUGCUGAAUGGCCUCUGAUCUGACUUUCUCCCAGACAGGCUGCAUUCUGGAUCUGUGCUAAACCAUCUUUCAGUGUCUGUGCGCGAGGCGGCGGCUGCCGGAGGCUGGCCUGAUUGUACUGAGGGGAUUAUUUUCUCUUCUAGAAAAGCCAGGUCCAUGUCUGUUGGUGCCGUCAGAGUAGAGAACUAUAUUCCCAUUAGUAAUGAACAGAGGGCACUUUACAAGGCAAAUUCUAUUCAUUCCUAUUAUAAAGCUCUUCCUCAAAUACAAUCACCAAACAGGUAACACCUUUUGAACAUUUUUUAAUUCGACCAA